AUGACUUUCAACGCUAAGAACUUGCACUACGAGAAGCAAGAACCGGCGUUUCUACGCCGGCUCAGGAGUGAAAAUACCAGCGAUAGGCAUAACAUCUCCAUUGCUCGACCUCGAAAGCCGAGGUUAGAGGUUGGUGACGAAGAUGGACCAACCAUCGUUGAUGAACAGGGCGAGGAGGUGACUGAGAAAGAGUAUCAGGACCUCCUUCUGGGAAAGACAAAGAAUGCCUCCCGUCCAGAGGACACAGCUGCACUCGCAAAGCCAGAUUCGAAUUCGGACACUGAGAGGCCUGCGUCAGAUAGCACCGCUAACAGAGCGCAAGAGCAAGAGAAGCGACCUGUUACCAGUGGUGGUGGUCUGAAGAAACGAAAGCAGGGUAAAGCUGUUGCAACGGAACCCGAACCCGAACCUGGCCCUGAGGAUUCGGGAUUAGUAAAUGGCCUCCCUGACACAAAGAAAGACGACGACUCUAAAGCCAAGAUGAAGUCCAGGAAGAAGAAGAUCAAGUUGUCGUUCGAUGAACCCGGGACUUGA